CAAAAAAUUCUCACUUCUUUCCCUACAUUGUCUGGAAUAACAUGAGAAGGAGAUCUUCUUCCUUACAGUUGGCUGGUGGUAGUGUUAUAGUGAUCUAUGCGUAUUUAGUGGCAAAUCUGACGAGCGUUGUAGAAAGUUUUGAGCCUCUGAUUCAGCUCCCACGUUCUGGCUCAUUUAGAAAUCGACCCAGAUAUGAGAGGGUUGUCAAUGUCCGUAAUUACGGUGCUAAAGGUGAUGGUCUGAGUGAUGAUACUCAGGCCUUUGAAGAUGCUUGGAAAAUAGCUUGUUCUUUGCCAUUACGGACAAGCAUUGUAAUUCCAUCUGGAUACACUUAUCUGGUUAGACCAAUUGAUUUUGCUGGACCUUGUCGAUCAAGAGUGACUUUGAGGAUAUGUGGCAUUGUCAUUGCUCCAUCAAAUCCUGAUGUCUGGGAUGGUUUGGAUACACAAAAGUGGCUCUAUUUCCAUGGGGUGAACCGCCUCACUGUAGAAGGGGGAGGAACUAUAGAUGGAAGGGGACAGGAAUGGUGGUCUCAGUCUUGCAAGAUCAACAAAACAAAUGUAUUGCUGUCUUUGCUGCAUGAGUCUCCAUGUCGACAUGCUCCAACGGCCAUUACUUUCCAUAGGUGCAAGAAUCUGAAGUUCAAGAACCUUAUGGUGAAGAACAGUCAACAAAUGCACAUAGGAUUCACUAACUGUGUGCGUGUCAUUGCAUCUUUUCUCAAAGUGUUUGCCCCUCCUUUCAGCCCUAACACUGAUGGAAUCCACAUAAGUGCAUCAACUCGUGUUGAAGUAAAGGACAGCAUUAUUAGAACAGGAGAUGACUGCAUCUCCAUUGUCAGCAAUUCUUCAGGGAUCAAAAUCAGAAACAUUGUUUGUGGGCCUGGCCAUGGUAUAAGUAUUGGAAGCUUGGGGAAAUCGAACUCAUGGGCACAGGUGCAUGAUGUAAGGGUUGAUGGCGCAUUCCUGUCUAACACACAGAAUGGAGUGAGAGUCAAGACAUGGCAGGGUGGUCGUGGCUUUGCCUCCAAUAUUAUUUUCCAGAAUGUGCGGAUGGAAAAUGUGUCCAAUCCAAUAAUAAUAAAUCAAUACUACUGCGAUUCUGUGCUGCCAUGUGCGAACCAGACUUCAGCUGUGAAAGUGGAGAACAUAUCCUUCAAGCACAUCAAAGGAACUUCAGCCACCGAGGAAGCUAUGAGAUUUGCUUGCAGCAAUAGCUUCCCGUGUGAAAGGAUAUUUCUAGAAGAUAUUAUGCUUGUGUCACCCUCCGGGGAAAUACCAAAAUCUUUCUGUUGGGAAGCUCAUGGCUCAACCAAGGGUGUCAUAUACCCUUCUCCUUGCUUCUCUUGCAGUGGAAGCUUUAGUGAGCAGAAGGCUAGGCCCAGUUUUGUUCUUCACUCUGUUCAAAGAUAGGCACUUACAAUAACCAAUUCAAUGGAGCAUUUCUAAUGCCUUGCCUUGGUGUUGGAUUUGAAAUCAAAUCAGUUGAUUACAAAUGAGGAAUGAGACAAUGGGUUGCUGGGAAUGUUAGGUUCAUUGUAGUGUGAAUACAAUUUAUAUAUUUUCUUAAACUCUCAUAUUCUCAAUGAUUAUGAAAGAGAAUAGUUCAGAUUUAGAUUAUUUUCUCAAAGGUCUAGAAUAUGAUGUUGAGUUCUUUUUAACGAAGUGGGCGAGUAUAUCCUAUCCUCAUCUUCCUCAUUGUAAGUCCUUUCGAGGUCAAAUUGAUGGUAUGUAACAAUGAUAUGAAAGCGUGUUUAAUUUUUUCUUAA